GCCUGCAAAUACAUUUCUGUCAUCUUUACUGGUUUUUUCCGAUCAUCUACCAGCAAAACAAGAGAAGUCUUCUUUUACAUCUUAAACAAAAAGAGAAGAAGAAGCAUGGCAGAUGCACUGGCUGGAGAACAGGUUGCCGAGCUCCGAGAGAUCUUUAGCUGCUUGAUAUCAAUUGACAAGGAUGCAGAUGGUUUCAUUACACUGGAAGAACUGGCAACCAUUGUACAAUCGUUGGAUAGACGUCCCACAAUAGAAGAAAUUCGAGACAUGAUAUGUGAAGUUUAUAUUGAUGGAAAUGGGACAUUAGAUUUUGAAGAAUUCUUGAAUGUCAUGGGAAGGAAGCAGAAGGAAAAUGUUACCGAGGAACUAAAAGAAGCUUUCAAAGUUUUUGAUAGGAACCAGGACGGAUAUAUUUCGUCCAGCGAGCUAAGACAAGUGAUGAUGAAUUUGGGAGAGAGACUGACAGAGGAAGAGGCUGAACAGAUGAUCAGAGAGGCAGAUUUGGACGGUGAUGGUCUUGUUAGCUAUGAGGAAUUUUCAAGGAUGAUGGCGAUGGCUUUCUGAAUAUAAUUUUUUUAUUAAUAAACAAACCACUUUAUUCAUAUCUUGUUCCUUUUUACUCUCGUAGAAGGCAGCCGUUGUGCUUGUUAUUGUUGUUGUAAUAACACAGAUUACAUAAAUAAAUAAAUAAAACUAUAAAUAAUCAAAUGUAUA